AAAUUUCAUCUUAGUCACUUCGUUCAAAGGAAAAAUAAAAAAAUAAAAAAUAAAAAAAAAUCUUUUAACGAACUUUAAUUGAAUAUGAGUCUUACUAUGACAAAUCCAGCAAUCAUUCUUCCAACAAAAUCAAUUGGAACUUUGUUACCGACAUCACCAUCAAAUAAUCAACAAAAAUCACCAUCAUCAUCUUCAACCAUGUCAUUUGUUACUUCUUCACCGGAGAUUUUUUCCAAAAUAUGCGAAUAUUUAACACCAAUCGAUAUUUUCAAAUUAUCAAGAGUUUGUAAACAAUAUCGAAAUUUUUUGUGUACACCUUCAUCAACUACAUAUCAAAACAUUUGGCGUACCUCAAGAAUGAAAUUUUUAACUUACCCACAAUUACCCCCACCUCAAGGAAUGGACGAAAAAAAUUAUAUAAAAAUAUUAAUUUAUGAUAAAAGCUGUGAAUUUUGUGGAAAUAGUGAUCCGGGGUCUUCAAGAUUAUAUUGGGAAUUUAGAGUUCGUUGUUGCGAUAAGUGUUUGCUCAAGAGAACAAAAACGUAAGUGGUUUUUUUUUCUUUUACACGGAAUUGCAUGCGUUUGGAUUAGGGGAGGUGCCUUUGCAGUUCCUGUUCAUCGAUAUUAUUGGAUUGAUAACAUAAAAUCAACAACCAAAGAAUAUUCUUUAUUGAAAGGAAAAGAUCGUAAGAACUGGUUAUUGAAGAAAAAAGAACAGCACAAAAAAUAUAUGGCAGAAGUAUCACAAUAUUAUUUUGAGGAUCAAAAGCAAUGGAAUGAAAUGUAUAAGAAACAGAGGAAUUGUUAAUUUAAAUAUUAAUCAACUUCCAACUUUUGAAUUUUAUAUAUAUAAAUAUUUUUUUUAUAAAAAAGAAAAAAUUUUACAAAAGAAAAAAUUUUUCUUGAGAAUUUUCUUGAGAAUUUAAGAAUUAAAAUAU